UUCAUGGGGGAUGACACCUGGGACGGGCUCUUUCCCCAGAAGUUCUUCCGCUCGUAUUUCUUCCCGUCAUUUAACGUGAAGGAUCUUCACACGGUGGACGAUGGGAUCCUGCAGCAUCUCUACCCGACUGUGGAUGGUGGUGAGUGGGACCUGCUGAUCGCUCAUUUCCUGGGUGUGGAUCAUUGUGGGCACAAGCAUGGACCAGACCAUCCAGAAAUGGCCAAGAAACUCACCCAGAUGAACGAGAUGCUCAGGUCGCUGGUGGAUCACCUGGGGAACGACACCCUGCUGCUGGUGGCAGGGGACCAUGGAAUGACCGAGACUGGGGACCACGGAGGAGACAGCGAGAAGGAGGUGAACGCGGCGCUCUUCGUGUACAGUAAAACGCCUCUCUUUGGAGCCCACCUUCCCGAGGAGCCUGAAACCAUCCCGCAGGUGAACCUGGUGCCCACGCUGGCCCUGCUGCUGGGCGUGCCCAUUCCCUACGGUAACAUCGGGGAGGUGAUGGCUGAGCUGUUCUUGGGGGACGGCGCCGCCGCUUCGGCAGCACUCAGUCAACUCUCGGCGUAUCGCAUCAAUGCCAGACAGGUGGACCGUUUCCUGCACUCCUACUCGCUGGCUGCCCAGGACCUGCCGGCCGAGCGGCUCCGGCACCUGCAGGAGCUUUUCUCUGCCGCGAUGGAGGAGCACUACCGGCUGCUGGCCCAAGUGCGGGAGGGGCUUCCUGCAUCGCCCGAGCUGGAGGCCAGGCUGGGGCGACUGGUUGGCCGCUUCCAGCGUUACCUGCGGGAGGCCCGGGCCGUGUGCAUGGAGUCCUGGGCCCGCUUCCACCCCCUGCGCAUGGUGGCUGGCUGUGCGCUCAUCGCCGCCUCCUGCCUGCUCUGCUGUGUCGCCUCGGAGCUGGCGGCAGCCCUGGACUUCUCCUACCGAAGCCGUCUCCUGUACCCGCUUCUCUGGGGCCUGGCGGUGGCGGCUGUGCUGGGGUUGGGCCACCUGCUCACCAGGGAGGGGCUGGACCUCAUUCUGGUGUUGUCGUGGUCGGCUGCUGCCUCCCAGCUGGCCUUCUUCUGGCACUCGUGGGGCCGCCGGUCCCGUCGAGCCCAUUUGGCUGGUGUCCAGCCGCCGGUGGCCAGCGCGGGCCUGUGGCAGAGAUUGCGAGCAUGGCAGGGGCUGGUCCUCCCCAUGGGCAUCCUCUUCAUCCGGUGCUGCGCCAUGUUCUCGGACAGCUUCGUGGUGGCCGAGGCCCGGGUGGCCCCGUUCCUGCUCGCGUCCCUGGCCAUCCUGCUGGUGGGGAAGCUGCACUGGCACGGCCGGCUGACCGCUCCGAAAGCCCCCAAGCAACCCCCGGGCUCUGCCUUUUACCAGAAGGAGAGCUGGCAGCUUCUGUGCCUCCUGGCUGUGCUCCUGGCCUGCCUGCGCCUCUCGGGCCUUUUCCACCAGUGCCGCGAGGAGAUCCCGCACUGCCAGCCCUCGUCCUUCCUGGCCCCCCUCGCCAGCCUGCAGAACACUCAGGCCAAGAACCUCUUCUACCUCCUGUGCGUGGCCUCGCUGGCCGGGCUGGUCUACGCCGUGCGGCGCUGGCUGCGGCACUACGGGAACCUGAACAGCACCAGCCCCCUGGUGCUCUUCGUGCGCUGGGCCUUCCCGCUGGCGGCCGUCUGGAUCGCUUGCUACUGGGCCGUCACCUCGGGGGCGGAAGACACGCUGGGCAAGCUGCAGGAGCUGGUGCAGGUGGCGCUGGUGGGCUUCCCACGGGCCGUCUACGGCCUGGCAUCCCUGGGGCUCCUGCUGGCGCUGUGGACGCCCGUGACGGUGUUCGUGAAGGACAGCCGGGAGUCAGUGGGGCCCAUUGUGACCCCUUAUCAGGGGGCCCCCAGCUCCCAAGCCGACCUCCAGCACGUCAUCCCACAGAUCUACAGGAGGAUGCAGGAGUCUCUGAAGAGCCAGCUAGACAGGGGUCACCGGAGGGCCACGGUGGCAGCCUACGGACUGGGGAGCGUGUACUCAGCCACCCUGGUCAUAGUUCUCAACCUGCUGGGCUUCCUCCUGCUGAUCCUGCACAGCGAGAGGAUGAGCCUCGCCUUCCUGCUCCUCUUCCUGGAGGCCUUUGUGCUGCUGCGGAUCCACGCCUGUGUCGUGAGCCUCGCCGGGGACGCCGAGCCCUUCGUGGUCCCCUGGUAUGCGGUCACCGCCUGGGUUUUUGCUGCCACCCAGUUCUUCUAUUCCACGGGCCACCAGCCCAUCUUCCCAGCCAUCCACUGGAACGCAGCCUUCGUGGGCUUCCAGGAGGGCCACAGCACCCACCUGCUGCCCGCUGUCCUGGUGGGGGCCAACACGUUCGCCUCCCACAUCCUCUUUGCAGGUAGUUGGCUGCCCUCUGCUCCUGCUCUGGCCCUUCGUCUGUGAGGCGCCCAACUCCCAGAGGAGGAAGCUGAAGAAGGAACUGCGGGAGGAGCUUCAGGAGCAGGAGGAGGAGCCCAUGAUGGA